GGUUGAAAAAAUAAGUGACCUUUGAAAGCUAAACAGCAGGUGGAGAGCCAAAACCAAGGCAGCCUCGGGACUCCUCGUGAGGAAAGUCAACAUAAGAAAAAAAAAUGAAAGUAUAUCUUUUUUCUACAAAAAUGGCCCAUCUGUCUCAGCUCUGAGUGUAAACGGCACAUGAGAGUUUGUUUGCAAAGCGGCAGCAGGUAAAGCGUCAAGAGUAAUGGAAGGUGAGGAGAAGGCGAAGCCAAGCCGUUUGACUGCCCUUCAGGAGCAGCUAGUUUGGGCCCUGCUGGAAUCGGGCCUCUCCAGGGAGGUCUUGGUCCACGCCGUGGGAGAGCUGGAACGUGACAGGGGCAAUGGCACUGAAAAAGGAGACCGGGGGGACGGGGAGAGCUCCGAGGAGGGAGAAAUGGACUACCCACCGCCGAUAUUCCGAGAUUUGGACAAACUUCCUCCAGAGGAGGCGUCCAAACUGAGGGCCGAAGUGGAACGGCUUCUGCUAGAGGACCCCUGGCAUGUUGCAAAAAUGGUGAAAAGCUACAUGCAGCAACACAAUCUGCCGCAGAGAGAAGUGGUAGAAUCCACGGGACUCAACCAGUCGCACCUCUCUCAGCAUCUCAACAAAGGCACGCCUAUGAAGAACCAGAAGAGAGCUGCACUGUACAGCUGGUAUGUCAAGAAGCAGUGUGAAAUCAGCCAGCAAUUCACCAAUGCCAAACACGGCUUCACGUCUGCAGAGGACCCAAGUGAAGAUAGCAGGAAAGGUCGGAGGAACAGGUUCAAAUGGGGACCAGCAUCCCUCCAGAUUCUUUUCCAUGCCUAUGAACGACAGAAAAACCCCAGCAAGGAGGAAAGAGAAGGCUUGGUGGAGGAGUGUAACAGGGCAGAAUGUCUGCAGAGGGGGGUGUCCCCUUCCCAGCUUGCUGGUUUGGGCUCCAACCUGGUCACCGAAGUCAGGGUGUACAACUGGUUUGCCAACCGCCGAAAAGAGGAAGCCUUCCGGCACAAGCUGGCUCUCGACACGCCUUUCACUGGCCAACCUGCUUCUUCAUCAAACGCCAACCUUCCUUCAAGUCCAGAGCUCAAUGUCAAAUACAGCCAUCAAAUCCCAUGUGACACGCUGAGCUCAACCAGAGGUAAUGGAGGGGAAAUUGUGGGCCGCCUUGUCGCUAGUCCUGUCCAACUGGAGCCGAGCCACACACUCCUCGAGAGCCACCCUGCCAAACUGGUAUCCAGCGGAGGCCCACUUCCCCCCGUAAGCACUCUGACCUCACUGCACAAUAUGUCUUCCUCCCCUGCAUCUUCACAAGGCCUCAUCAUGGCGUCCUUGCCCAGCGUUAUGAGCUUAGGAGAAUCCUCACUUCUUAUCGGUCUGGCCUCAACACAACCUCAAACCAUACCUGUCAUAAACAACAUGGGAGGUGGGUUCACGACCCUCCAGCCGAUUUCUUUCCAGCAGCAGCUUCACGCCUCAGCGCAGCAGCCGAUGCCACAGCAGCUCCAGAGUCACAUGGGUGCCAGUCCUUUUAUGCUACCGAGUCACAUGUAUAACAAGACUGAAUCGCCUCAGUACCCUUCAUCCAGUCUGCUGUCUCAGGCCAUGGUCAUCGCUGACAGCAACAGUUUGGGCACACUGACCAGCCUCGCAUCUGUUCGACAGAUUCUAUCAACAGAUCCUGAAGAGCACACAGACCCUUCAAUGCAAGAAAGUUCUCUGCACCUGCAGCCCCACACACCUGUACCAGCAUCCAGCCAGAGCCCAGAUCUGUAUCCUGCCUCCCAAGCAGAGAGCCACCAGUCUCACCUCAUGUCACCUUCACCAACAGACAUUAGUUCCUACAUUCCUACACAGAUGGUCUCGACUGCACAGUAGGAAUGUUGUUGUUUUUGUUUUGGAGCCCUCUGACUUGAUACAUCCGCAAAUUCUGAUGAUUAUAAUUUUAGGUUUCAAAAAGUGUAACAUGGUCAUUACACGAAUAAGGAUCACUGUUGGAGAUGAUUUGCUUUGUACACAAACAGAAAAUGAAAAAUUACACCAAAAUUUAUUUUUAUUUAAAUAUUUUUUUAUAACCUUGGCAAAUGGUGUUAACUCAACAUCAUGUGUUUUAAAACUAUUUUUGAACACUGUUUUUGCGAAAUAGUAUUAAAAAGGGCUUAGGUUUUUUUUUAUAUUUUACAAAAAUUUACUGUCAACAUGACUAUUUACUAAGAGUAAAGGUAUAUGGCCACCUUCGUUUGAGGUUUGUAGAAAAAUAAAUCAGAGCUAGAAACUUAAUGUCUCAGUUUAAAUCUUUUGUGUCGCCAUUCUGUUGCUUUUUCUUUUUCCGUUUGACUUUGUGGUGUUCCUGUUGUGAGACUGCAAGCUCUGUGUUGCUUUGAGCACCAGAAGGUCCAUCGCAGUCCGCAUGCGUUCUUCCUGCAUCAUCUAGCUGCCGCUUCUUCUUCUUCUUUUUCUUCUUCUUAGCAAGAGUGUCCU